AUAAUUUUGGUUGAAUGCAUGAAUAGAAUGCAAUGUUUGUUCUCUUAGAAAAUAAAAUCCAGGUGCCUCUCACGCAUGUCGUCGUUCCAGAUACAACUAUAAAACAGCACCAUUACCCUUCCAUUUCCGUUACUCCUUUUCUCUAUUCUUCGUAACAAUGGCAUCAUCAAGUUCCAGCUCCAUCUCCAUCCUUCCCAGUGAAGUUAGAAUCGUUGUUCUCGGUGACAUGAAAACCGGAAAAUCCACCCUCAUUGCAACUAUGGCGUCGGAUUCUUACCAAAACAAUGUUCCCUCAUUUCUUUCACCACUUCGCUUGCCUAACAAUUCAUUCCCGGAUUCUGUCUCUCUCGUAGUUAUCGACACUCCUUCCAGUGAAAGGCAAUUAGAUAUGGUUACUGAAGAACUGAGUCGUGCCGAUGCUGUGAUUGUAACCUAUGAUUGUAAUAAACCUGCUACCUUUGAGCGUGUGAGUACACACUGGCUGCCUAAACUUCAGAGGCUCGAGGUGAAGGCACCUGUGAUUGUGGUUGGUUGCAAGCUUGAUCUUCGCGAUGUAAGUAAGGAAGUGAACUUAGAGAGUCUCACUACAAAUAUCAUGCAGCAGUUCAGAGAAGUUGUUACUUGUAUUGAAUGCUCUGCAGCUACACUGUAUCAGGUCCCUGAAGUUUUUUAUUUUGCACAAAAAGCGGCACUUCAUCCAGUGGAUCCUUUGUUCGAUUAUGAAACAAAUGCUUUAACAGAUCGGUGUGUAAGGGCACUGAGAAGAAUUUUUAAACUUUUUGAUUACAACAUGGAUGGCACCCUCUUUGAUCAAGAACUAAAUGACUUUCAGGUUAAAUGCUUCGGUGCAUCAUUGCAGCGGUCUGACGUAACUCAAAUAAAAAAAAUGGUAGAGCAGAACGUUCCCGAAGGAGUCAAUUCUGCUGGUCUUACUUUUCGUGGCUUCGUUGAAAUCCAUAAUAUGUUUCUAAAGAAAGGGCGAACAGAGACAUUCUGGGAGGUUCUAAGAAAGUUUGGAUAUGGUAACGAUUUGAAACUGCGGGAUGAUAUUCUUAAAGUUCCAUCUAAACAGGCUUCUGAUCAGAGUGUGGAGCUGACAUGUGAAGCCAUAGAGUUUCUGAAGGGUGUCUUUAGAUUAUUAGAUACGGAUAAGGAUCAAUUACUUCGACCUGAAGAAGUCGAUAAUCUAUUUGAUUCUGCUCCAGAAAGUCCGUGGAACAAUUUUCCAUACAAAGAUGCAGCUGAGGCAACUGACAUGGGUUAUUUAUCUUACAACGGAUUUCUGUCUCAGUGGGCCCUUAUGACAUCACUAGAUCCACAAUAUGCCUUGGCCAAUUUGGUUUACAUUGGAUAUAGAUCUAAGCCUGAGGCAGUAUUCCGUGUCACUCGUAAAAGAUCAGAAGAUCGCAAGAAGCAAAAAACAGAAAGAAAUGUGUUCCAAUGCUAUGUUUUUGGUUCUAAAAAUGCUGGGAAAUCUGCUUUGCUCUACUCCUUUUUGGGAAGGCCUUUCUCAGAUAAUUAUACUCCGACAACUGUUGGGCAGUAUGCAGCAAACUUCGUUGAAUUAAUAGGGGGAACUAAGAAAACACUCGUAUUACGCGAGAUUCCAGAGGAUGAAGUGUCAAGUUUUUUGUCAAAUCGGGAUUGUUUGGCAGCUUGUGAUGUCGCUGUUUUUGUACAUGACAGCUCAGAUGGAUAUUCAUGGAAGAAAUCCAUAGAUUUGCUCGAGCAGGUUGUUGACCAUGGAGAGCGAACUGGUCACAAAGUUCCUUGCCUCCUCAUUGCUGCUAAGGAUGAUUUAACUUUAUUCCCAAGGACAGUACUAGAUUCAGUCAAGGUUGCUCAGGAAUUGAAAAUAGAUGCGCCUAUUCGCUUGAGCGUGAAAUCAGGUGAUUCAAAUGCCCUAUAUAGUAGGAUUGUCAAUGCUGCAGAACACCCUCAUUUGAGUCUUCCAGAAACUGAGUUUGUGAAGAAAAGAAAGCAAAACCAGCAGCUUAUGCACUCUAUAUUUUUCGCCAUAGCUGGAGCUGCUAUGGCGUUCGCGGGCAUAUCAGUUCGUCGUGCACGAGCGAAAAGGAAUUCUUCUUAACCACAUCAUUCAACAGCUGUGGAGUUACUGCACAAUAUUUUGCAUUGGACGUUUGCUUGUGGGGUUGUAUAGUUUUGAAGUAAAACAAUUAAAUCCAUUCCUAUUGGUUUUGUUAUUUUAUAAUCUUAUUAUUAAUUUUUUAUCAUGUGUUGGUAUGAGUAGAAAAGAGUUUGAGUCCCA